AUGCUUUCAAAGUCACAUUGGCUAACUGACACUUCACGUAUCAAACCUGGCGUUUUGAACGAUGGGCGUGGGUUAAAUUAUCCGCACAAAUUCUUGCAAGCUCGCUGGAUAGGUUUAGCGGGCGAAAAUGUUACUGAGUGGACAGUUUUGGAUUGGGAAUUUGAUCCGACCAAUUUGAGUUUUGAACAUCUAUUACUAUCUGUUACGCAGAAACGUGCAGAAUCAGUUAUUAAGGGUUUUAAGAAUGCACUGUCAUCACUUGCUAAGAGUGCGUUCUCGGAGGAAGAUUUAGAAAUUAUAGAGGGCUGCCAAGAUCCUACCCAUAAGCUGUCGUCCAUUGAACCUAUAUACCUAGAAGAAGAAAGGAAUAACUUUAUAGAUAAAGCAAAUUUAGAAUUGCAAGAAAAAGAUGUUCCUCUAACUAUGGAUGGUGACGUCCUUUAUGGGAAACGAAAUUUUGAAGAAAUUGAUGAUAAAGCAGAAGGAACAUCACCGAGAAAAAGAAAGCUCGUGCGAGCUAACGCUGGUGCUCGCAUAUCUUAUCUUAGAAUGAAAGAACAGAUCAAAUCGCAUGACUUGUCAUUUACUGUCAUACAACCUGAUAAAUCCCUCGAAUUUAUCGAUCCUGAUUCCUCCAUAUCUUUAACUUCGUCUAUUCCAGUUUUGAAAAUGGAUAGACAAUCAAUAUUAGCAAAAAUGCCAAUAGCAAUUGACAAGGCUUUGAAUGUUUUUGGGGACAUUUAUAUUCGAUUUGUUGGCUCUCGUUUAUUAACAACUACAGCGUGCUCGGUUAUAUCUUUUAAAUACGAUGCUGAAGAUUCCUAUAUCAAAAUUUUCCUUCGAGAUUGGAGUAGCAUAGUAAUGAUUUGUCAAGCUGCUUCUCAAGGUAAUCAAUUUGUUGCCC